CCCGACCCAAAGUUUUCGUUCGCAUCUUGGAUUCGAAGAAAGGAAACAGCAGCAAGUCCUUCGAUUUCGUGCGGUGAUGUUGUGACUUGCUACGAGAUGGAACGAUACCUGAAAGAUGAGCCAAAACUGCAGACUUAUAAGAAGCUGCCAGCUGACCUAGACACACCAUGGGACCUGUUUGCCGCGCCCGGACCUAUCUCCGGCUGGAAAGUAGAAGUAGAUUCGUGUUGUAUAGCAGAGUUAAAUUUAAAUGAUAGACAUUCAGACUCACAUUCAAACUCAUCAUCCUCUUCCACCUCGUCGUCUCCGUGCUCCGGAUCGUGGGACAGCAGUUCUACGCUGAGUUGUGCGGUGGUGGUAAAAAAGGAACGGCUCGAUCCGGACGACGACGAGGACAACAAUAGUGACAGCUACGACGAACAGAGUGAAAAGUUUGGCAAAAUCUCCGUACAUCAUCACCUUCAUCACCCGCAGAAUGCGAUCGAACUAAGGCUAGUGGCACGAGCGACGACCUCCGACCUGUUACCAACGUUAACACCUCCCUCCUCACCGGAGUCGCAUCUUAGUAUAGGCAACAAAGGCAGUACGAUGCUGGCCACGACUGUGAAAACUGAACCGGAAAUCGCGUUACUGGACCAUCAGGGUUUUCUGAGGGUAUCGACGGGGACGCACAUACCACGGAAUGCGAUCGUCCGAUUAACCACGUCCAGCAGUAAAGGAGCCGUCGGGCUGACGCGAGUGAUACAGGUCAGUCCCCAGCUGCAAGCCGUCAUCGCCCAGAGGAGUUCAACGUCGUCCCCUAGUGCAUCGUUAUCGUCAGUGACCAGCGUGAAACACCACCAGCGACAACACGACCACAGUCCCGACUCGAAGCGACGGAUACACAAGUGUCAAUUUCUCGGCUGUAAGAAAGUUUACACCAAAAGCUCGCACCUGAAAGCGCACCAACGAACGCAUACAGGCGAAAAACCCUACAAGUGCUCCUGGGAAGGAUGCGAGUGGCGCUUUGCCCGCAGUGACGAGCUGACCCGUCACUACCGGAAGCACACCGGAGCGAAACCGUUCAAGUGCCGACACUGUGACCGAUGUUUCUCCCGCUCGGACCAUCUGGCCCUGCACAUGAAACGUCAUGCCUAAACAGCGCCAGCAACAAAAGUAGGAAUAGGAAGAAGACCAGCAGGAAGUGAAGUACCCCCCCUGGCACCCGAUUUAAUGAGCUUGUAUCAUCCUAAGGCCAAAAACCAACCCACACCUAAACACACACACACUUACACAACAGACACACAAUCACAAAACCAAUAACAAAAUUUACCAAACAACAACAACAUCAACUGAAAAACUCAAGAAGCUAGUGUGUGUUGUGCAAUCGUCGCCAACACGCUGAGAUGAUUCCGUAUGAAAAGUAUUUUCUCUAAACAAACUCACAUUCAGACAUUUACGAAACUUUAGAAGACUAGGAUGAACCCCCUCCCUUUUAGACAUUGUCAUCAUCACACACACACACAAACAUCAUCAUCAUCAUCAUCAUUAUCAUCGUCGUCGGUAUGAUCCCGCUCAUUCUCACAAUCGUCCCCGAAUAAACACAUCAUUAUCUAGAAAAGUUUUCUCAUUAGACUAUUAUACACCAGGACGUAAGUUUUUUAGAAACGCGAGUGAGAGAUAGGAAGGCGCCCAGCAAACGUAAACUGAUUUUACAACAGAGAUGAAAAAAGAAGAUUAAACCCAGAUGCACAUUUGUGUGAAGAUUCCAAGCGUUUUCGGAAAACCAAAAUUUGAAUAUUGGUAUUAUAUAAUGUGUAAGCGAGGAUUGUUAUAUAAGCGAUAAUGUCUCUUUGUAUUUUAAUUAGUUUUAAGAAUCACAUCACCCCUUCGACGCGGUUCCAGAACCGACAUGUUUUACCACAUCAGCAUUCAAUGGAGCGUUUUCUUGUAGCUUAAUUGGAGUGUAGUUUCCUUAAGUAUGCCUUCGUUGUUGUAGUCAAAGAGAUAGAACAUUCUUUAAGUUAGAGCGUUAAGAUUUCGUAUCGAAUGUGGCCAUUUUAGAUCGUAGGUUUUUGUUUUGUUUUCGUUUGUUUUAUUUUUCGUGAGAAAAAAAAAGUUUAUUUGCAACAAGUCGAGUCAAGAAAGAAAACACUAUGUUCUCAUAUUCCCAUCAGGUUAGCAAAGUAAACAAAUGAGGAAAACUAUUAUCCAACAAUAUAAAGGAAAACAUCACUGCCAAAAACACAAAUACAUUUCGAUUAGGAUAAGAUCGAAGGGAAGUUUAACUUUGCUAAAACUGCAACAUGAUUCUAUUAAUUUCGCUUUCUGUUCAAUUAAUCUUUAUAAAACGGAAAAUUAAACAUAUCCUGUCCUUGAAUUUUAUAAUUCUUAAUGUUACCUUAGGAAAACUAUAUGUAUAAACAAUGCAGCGCCACUUCAAUGUUUGAAGUUUUACCAUUUCGUUCAAUUUAAUGCUGGUGGCUUCAGUACUUCCUAGAACAGAAGCAUAUUUAAGCUUGUUUUCCAUCUUGAAACAAAUAAAUAAAAUACCUAACAUUGACAUGCUCACAAAACCCACACAUCCAUGACUGUGCAACAGCAACAAUACAUUGACACAAACAAUACACACACUAAAAACCAAAAGCGAUUCUCAUCGACCGCGGAGAUCGACGAACAGAAUAAGAAGAAGAAACAUAACCUAUCGUUUGCGUGAUGCAAUUUCUGUGAUCUGCAUACAGCAUUUUUUGAGUGACCGACGGUGGUCAAAUUUAUACAGCAACAGCAACAACAACAAAAAAUCACAAGACAAGUAGAGUAAAAUGGCAAUGACUAGCAAUGAAUUAAUAUGAAUUGUAUAGUAGGAAUCAAAACAAAAGAGAAUUACAAAACAAAAAGUGACACAUACACACACACACAUACCUAGUAGUUGUGAAACCCGUAGCUGCAUUCACUCUAACUUGUAGGAUUGUAGGAACGUGCAUAAUGAAUUAUAAUGUUUCGUUCAAUAUGUCUUAUCCAUAAGAUCAGUCUGUCACAAUUGGUUUCGGUUACACAUGUGCUUAGGAAAGAAGGCAAUAGCUUCCAGUAGAUGAAUUAGUCUCACAAUUCAAAUGUCAUAGGCAAAUUUCUACACCAAUAUCGAAUUGCUUUACGCACAUGCCAUGACAUGAAUACACCUACCCGUACGUAGUUUUGUUUGAUAAAUCAAAGGGUUGAUUGACUAUUGAAUUGAUUUGAUGGUAGAAAAAUCCACUUGGAAUCUGGACGCACCAGCGAAUUAAAAAUAUAAUUAGCAUGAAAAACAUCAGAACCAGCCAACGAUGUCCUGUAUAAUGAUUUUUGAACACGUAAAAAGCUGGGAUCAUCUUGAUUAUUUUGAGUACGAGCCAUGAGUACUUCGGCAGUAGUCAUGCGUGAUUAAAUUCGAAAUAAUCAUUUGUGAAUGUAUCUUUUCAGUUUUAAAUUUUAUUCUUUUGGAAUAUUAAUAUAUCAUCAAAUAAGUUUGAAAUUCAAUAAAAUAUUAUUAAAAUAGAAUAUCAGAUGAUUAUUUUUAGCAAGAGAAAAUUAUUUUUUAAUCAUUCGAUAUUCUUCAAUUGAGUUUGAUGUCAAAUUGAUUAAAUUUGAAGCAAAAUGCGCAUAGGUACUGUAGCAUGUUUAUCAGGAUCAGGAUUCAUGGCAUCGCUGGUAACAGUAGUGCUGCAAAAUAUCAAUACCAACACCUACAAAAUUUUGACUAACAUAUUGACAGUAUCACCUCACUUAGUUCUUAUAUCAAUGUCACUCGCCUCAAUGUCACUCGCGAAAAUGACAAUGCCAUCGUACUGGAAACGUACUGAUAUUCAAAGCGCUGUAGCAAAUAUUUCUUAUUUACGCCAGCUAGAAAACACAUCGGAGCUAUUGAUACAAUGAAAUAGAUAUUAAAAAUAUACCUAAAAUAGAUUUUCAGCUGUCGCUAAGUAAAUUUCAUAUGAAUUCCUAUCAGGUUGAAAUUCCUCAAACUCACUGGGGCUUUUAAAACACUCUUGUCCUGCGAAUUUAACCAGCCCUCACUUAGAGUGAGUGGCGGCAGGAAUAUGGAAGAAGUAAACAAAAACUCCUCGUGAGAGAGGCAGAGUGAGCUUCAGCGAGAGGAUGAUUUGACGUGAGGUGCGCUUUUCGAGACUCCGGAUGACUUUUUUGUUCGACGCAAGAAGCUCAGAGUUCACCCAGAGUGAGAGUAAGAGCGUGUGAUAGAAAACAUGAACAUGAAUGGCAGCAAACCUCACUCUACUUUUAUCGCCCUUCGCUCACAAGCUCUGAAGCUCAGUGGAAUGAUUUGGCAGUAUGCAUUCUACUCCUCAGAAAAAUGCUACACUCGGCUCAUUUCAAACUCGCAAGCGAGGCUCCAUCAAGCCUGAUUCCUAUGUCAAAGCCGUACCGCUCAAUAGGCCUUUUUGUUGCACCACCAGGCGAGUUCGAGAGGAAACGUCAACCAACCCGUUUGUUUACGUCACAAUCAGGAUUUUUCACAACACAAAUUAAGCAUUAUUCAUUGAACAUCUUGCCAAUUUUCACCAGUAACUGUCUUAUUUUACGGUUACAGAUCUGAACUGAUUUUAGCACUGUCAUUGACAGACUUUCACGCGAUAUUGACAAAAUUGUUUUUCACAUAGUCACUAAUAGACUUGAUCCUCAAAAAAACCUCAAAAUUUCAUUAAUUUUAUCGUCAAUGACAAAUAUUCUCCUGGUAACAAAAAGUGUAAUUUCGUGCAUUCUGAGUCACAUUAUUAUUAUCCAAGCAGUUCAGCACGUAAAUGCUUGUUCACUUUAACGGUUCCAUGGAAUUGUUUUGCAUAAUUCAAUUCGUUACAA